CUUUUUCAGACGCCUCCGAGUAAACUUACUCGGUCCCUUUCGGUGUCAUACAUUGUACACACUUCAUGAUUUCCCGCUUCGCAAAGUCUUUUCUUGCAGUUAUCCUUUGCCUCUUUCUGCUGGCCACAGUAACAUUCCUUCACCCACCUUCCCGCACGUACAUCGACCCAUGGACAGGUGACUUUUUUGGGGAAGGUGGUGUCGAACAGGAUCUACAUCCCCCGCUUUAUAAUGGCGCAAAACCUUUAUCAGCGCAGGGAGGUGUCAUCAUGUCGAAGCUAGGGAAUGAGACUACUAAUUUGUCAACUUCGCUCACGAGGCGAUAUAUGCAGCACCCAACACAAGACGAAAGAGACGCUUUGAAUUCAUAUUUCCAUCUUACGCUGUGCUCAGUGCACAACGAAGUCAACGAGCGGUUAGGAAAGCCGUCAUUUGAUUGUGCCCAUCUUGAUGAAACAUAUGACUGCGGGUGUGGAGAAGACAAAUCAACAUCCACGGCGCAAUCACCAGUGCCAUCUGACAGCGCUGAGGACCCUAUGGAUCUAGAAUGGGACACUGCACGAGACGAUGUUACUGGUGUAGGACUGAUCAAGGGUGGGAAGCGGUAGCAUACAUAUCUACACCUCAUUGCCAAGUAUGUUUGUGUCGGCCUGUCUGGCGUCAUUUUGAAAAACGGUUUGAUGGGUUUUUUCAGUUUUCGGAUACAUCUUCUACUGUUCUAUACAUCUUCUUGGAUACACUGAUAUCGGUGUACUUGUACUAUUUCAAGGUCGACCAUAGCUGGAACGCUUGAAUGUUUCGAACAGCCUAGGCCAUGAUGACAGCUGUGCUUUAUUUAUUUCUUAGUCUCCUCUAGGCAGACCAUAAUAGAAGGAAGACAGUCGUUCCUUUGAUUUUAAGCUUAUUUCC